AUGAGAAAUGACACAGACGCCCUUAUCGAUUCCUCAGACUCUAUGACGCCUCUUCCCUCUCUUGAUCUAAACAAAAUUCUGAUUCCCUCUCAUAUUCCCCUCCGUGACAUCGAGGUAGAAUCUCCAUCAUCGUCGUUGGAAAUUAGGAAUACGGUGGCUGUGGGAAACAUUUUGGGAUUUGAGAUUGUUGGCAAUAACCCAAUUCUCAAAGAAGUCCUUGGCGAAAAUGAAUCCAAACCGGGUGAAUCAUCCCCUCCUAUCAACAUUACUGAAUGUUGGAGUGGUAAUAAUUGGGGGUUCGAGCAGGUUUUUACCACGGGGAGAUCCGGUGGCUUGGUGUCGAUAUGGGAUAAAGGAACAUUUACGAUUACAGAGACUAUCAAAUCCAGAUACUUUAUUUUGACAUUGGGUAAUUUUGUAGGCAUUAAUGGCCUCACAUGUAUUAUAAAUAUCUAUGGACCCUAA